AUGCCAAAAUCAUCCCGAAAGAAGAAUCACCAGAAAUUGCAAAUGGACCAUUCUCAAGAAGAAGAAGAUAUCAUAGGAUCUUCCACACAAACUCUUGAACAACAAACUAGUCUAUCGAAAAAACAAGUCUCGAAAAAAGAAAAACAAGCCUUACACAGAGAAAAACGGAAAAACAAACAAGCCACAAAAAAAGCCUCAUCUUCCACUCGUGAAUUGCAAAAAACGAAUGAUUUGUCGGACGGAAGUAAUAGUGAGUGCAGUAGUAGUGAAUCUGAGGAUGAGACAACACUCAGUGGGUCCAAGAAGAAAUCAUCAUGUUCAAAUAUUGCUCUCCAAUUUGAAAAUCUUUCGGAAAGACAAAAAGCUCAAUUGAUGCAACAAAAGAAGGUCGUUUCCGAACACAAGAAUAUUAAAGUAGAUCCCAAUGAGAGAGAUAUUUCAUCUUCAUUGGCUACUGUUCGGUUUUUAAGAAAUAAUGAGAAAGGUCUUGAAAAACUCGUUUCCAAUUAUCAUCUCAAAGUGAAGAAGCAUUCACACUUCUCGAAUUUAAUUUCGCUUAAAUAUGACAUGUUGAAGAGUCCUUUUUCUUCUGAAAUUGUUCAAGAAUGUCGAGGUUUAGUUUUAGAUAGAGAUCGAAAUUAUAAGGUUGUGUGUUACCCUUUCAAAAAGUUUUUCAAUUACGGAGAAAAAUAUAAUGCAUCAAAGGACAUUAAUUGGAAAGAAGCAAAAGUCUAUGAAAAAGUGGAUGGAUCUUUAUGCACUUUAUAUUAUUAUGGUGAUAUGUGGUGGAUUUCAACAACUGGAACUGCGAGUGGCAAUGGAUAUCUUCAUAACAAGAAAAAAACAUUCGAUAAAGUGUUUUGGGAUAUUUGGAUGAAUCAACUGCAGUACAAAUUACCUGAUCCAUCCUUAAACAAAAUUUACAUGUUUGAAUUGUUCACAAAAGAACAUGAAAUUGUUGUUAUACCUGACAGAGAUCGAAUCAUUUUAUUAGGAGUUAGAGAUAUGAACACGCUGAAGGAGGAGGACCCACAACCACAUGCAGAGAAAAUGGGUUGGGAAUGUGUUGCAAUGUAUCCAUUAUUGACAUCAAUAGGAAUGGUUUUUGAUGCUGCCAAAAAUUUAGAUCCCUCACAACAUGAAGGAUUUGUGGUGUGUGACAAUAAUUUUAAUAGAAUCAAAAUUAAGAGUCCACGAUAUGUAGCAUUAACACAUUUACUUUCAAUGGACGGAGAGGGAGGUGAGGUUGAUUCAACAGAAGUACUUUUGGACAACCAAGAAAAUUCCCCUAUCAAAAAGAGAAAAAUGUUGCAAAUUGUGAGAAAUAACGAGUCCUCCGAGUUUUUAGUUUAUUAUCCAAAUUUAGAGGAAAUUCAUAAUAUUGUUCGUGGUGAAUAUGAACAGUUUUUGAAACUGACGAAGCAUAUUGUCAAUGACAUCAAAACAAAAUACUACAGCAACAAUGAGGAGGAAAAGUCAAAUAAGGAUGCCAUUUUGAAUUUCAUUCAGCGAAAAUGUCAAAUUGACUAUUGUUCAGAAUUUAUUUCCAUGCUUGCUGGAAAUAUCGCUGCCGACAAAUCGGAAGAGUUGGCGAACGAAAUGAAAUCGAGCAAGAAAUUUGCCAAGCUUAUCAAACACACACUACUAAUUGCAGUGUAUCAGGAGUUAUUUGGGCAAAAAACAUGUGAACAAGUGUACAAGGAUGUAGAGCUUGGCACUUUGUUUGAAUUGAUGAAUUUUUCAACCUCCAUUUAA